AUGGUGUCAUCGAGUAAGCUGUUCGAUCAAAUCGCCACCGGCCGGACCUGCCGUGACCUUUGGCAUCCGCAGUUCGCCAGCUGCCUGCGGUACAACGUGCACUUCUGGCGGACGAUACUGCCGGGCAGCUUUAAGCUGUACAUUCCGCUGCUAGUGCUACCACCGCUGGUGAAGCUCAACAAUGUUACGGUGCGGUAUCUGUUCGAUCACACGCUACAGUACACCUACAUUUCGUUCUGCACCUACGUACAGGCCGCCCUGUCCCUCUCGGCACAAUGUGUCUUGCACAACCUGUUUGGGGGUUUAAACUACUGGUGUGUCAUGUUCUGGCCCUGUUUGCUGGGUGUCGCGAUCGGUCCACCUUUGCCGAAGCAAUUGCUACGCCUUCAGGCGAUCACCUUCUUCAACAUGAGUCUGGAGGCCGCGGUCCGGAAAAGCACAGUUCCGGUGUUGCAAUACGCGCGUCGAUCACGGGCUCUUGGCACGCUUAGCUUCAUGGUGCUAAGCUCAAUCAUUCUGGGUUGCUUGCAUGAUGGCAGUGUGAAGCAGUUCUGGCUCGUCAGCCCAUUCCAGGAUGAGCCCCAAAAGGUAGAUGGUGCCUGUCGUCAUGCCGGUCGGUGUUGGCGUCAUGUUGCGGAUGGAAUGCUGAAGUAUGGCAUGGUUGGGUUGGUGCUAGAAGCUGGUCGAGCUGUUCUGCGCCGUUCCCAUAUGCUGUUAAAGCAACCCUGUACCGUUGUCACCUCGUGCAACCUUAAACUGGGGCUGUUUCUGGCGUGUUAUGUUGGGAUUUUUCGAGGCGUGUUUUGUCUGUUGGCGCGGCAGAAUGGCCGAGAGCGUAUGGCUCACGCCACGGUGGCUGGUUUUCUAGCUGGCAUCCCUUACUGGCUCUAUCCCACCUAUCAAAUCUACACACUCGGGCUAACGAAAGCGAUCGAAAUUGCCUGGGAGUUUUACGUAACCAAAGCGAACGUCGAUGAUAAGCCAGAUCCGAGCUUUAAGGCGAUGAUCCUGAGUCAGUUGAACCGCUUACCGAUGCUGCGUCUUGUACAGAUGGUUUCCUUUGGGUAUCUCGGGCAUGUGUACGCCUUUUAUCCACAUGUUUCGCCAAUUUUUCACCAGAAAGCGAUGGACGUUUGCUCCACAAAUUUGACACUCGGUAUGAAACGGCGCAUCGCCACGUGGAUGAGGGAAGUUUAA